AUGGACCCAUCCCGGGGUCAAGAUCCUGCGCUGGAAGGUACAGCGGAGAGCGCUCAGCAGGGGCAGGUGCUGGAGCCGCCCGCGUCUCGUCCGCGACCCUCCGCGCGCCCCUCCGCAAGUGAGCCCGUUCGCCGCCUCGAGCGCGGCCUGUCUCUUCCACUUCGUGGCGUCCCUCAGCCCCCCUCACCGGAGUAUUCGUGGGCCCUUGCCCGUGUGGGGUCCAACCGCCCUGCUGGUGCGCCUCGUCAGGAGCAAGGGCGCUCUCCACCGCGUCAGCCACCGCGGCAGCAUUCUCCCCAUCGGCGCUCCCCUGAGCCCCUGGAAUCGCGGCCGCAGUCUCCCCGCUGCCGAUCUCCUGAGCGUCGUGGUCGGGCAGGCCAGCGCUCACCCCGAGCGCGAUCCCCCGCGCAACGGUCUCCGCGGCGAUCUCCGGCGACGCGGGGGAGGGGGUCGCCCGGGCGUCGCUGGGAUUCGGGUCGCCGCGAGCAGUCCCCUCCGCGUCCGCGCUCGGCUGGUUCUGGCGGUCGACGUGGUCGGCGGAAUGGCGGUGGGCGCGGUGGUAGUGGGCGCGGGCUGGAUCCAGCCCUUGAUCAAGCCGCGAAUGCGUUCGCGCAAGUGGUGCGGCAGGCGCGGGCAAGUGGGGAGGACACGCACGUACACAUCGCGGUGACCAACGGCCCUCCCCUCGACCCGAGUUGUGCCCAGGCGGCUCCUCUACGCGCGCCGACGCUGCGCGAGUAUCUGCCUGCGCGGGAGGGGCGGGUUCCGUUUCGCGCCCCCCGUCCAGUCCAGGGCUUCUCCGUGCCGCGCUUCUCUGUUGGCCGGACUCCUGGCUGGCCGGCGGCGUUUCCGCGCGAAGCACCGACUGCACCUCCCCCCAUUCCCGCGGGGAGAGACCCCAUGCUGACCAUGUGUCGUCUUCUGAAUUUGGUGGAGGCGUGCGAGGUGGUGGCGAAUCUGCAGCUGGCGGUGUGUGGGGCCACGCGGAGCUUUCCGAGCAGUUACGGUCCAGGAUCCCGAGGAUCCUGCGUGUCUUUGGCAGAAUCGCUCGAGUCGCCGUUGGCACCCGUGUCGGAAGCGCCCGCCGGGGUAGCGCCCUUAGCCCGUACUUUCCCCCGCCACGUGGGGGAUCUUGUAGGGGUUGCUCGAGUCGGGACUCCGGCGGACACGCUUCGGUCGUCGGCGCACCUCCUUCUGUCACUUUCGGCGUGCAUGCGCUCCAUGCUCGAGGUAGAGGGGGCGGAGCCGUACACGAUGUAG